AUGGCCAAAAUCCCCGUCUUCCUUCUCAAAACCCGAUCCCAGCCAGAGGACGGCUAUGAAGAGUACUUCUCCCAGCUCUCUGUCCCCGAGCACACUUCGUCGAGCUCACGCUCUACAUAUUUUGAGCCCCGCUUCGUGCCCGUGCUGGAGCACCGAGCGAACACGGCGAAUUUGUCACGGUUGGAGGACCUGCUUCGAAGCGGCCGCCUGACAGAGCAGUACGGCGGCAUCAUCUUCACCAGCCAGCGCGCCGUCGAGGGUUUCAGCGACGUUGUGCGGAAGCUCGAUCGCGAAUCUACGGACCAUCAGGGUAAUGGAAGCAUUGACCCCCCACGAACCAACGACGCCCCCUCGACCCCCACCCCCUACACCCCCUUCCCCCUCUACGUCGUCGGCCCCGCCACCUCCCGCUCCCUCAACGCCCUCCUCCCCUCCUGUACCCUCGCAUCCUUACACCCCGCCAUCCUCGGCGCCCACACCGGCAACGGCGCCGCCCUCGCCUCCUACAUCCUCCGCCACUACAACGCCCUGCACGCCCACCGCCUCUUCACGUUGUGUAAGCGGCCGUUGUUGUUUCUCGUGGGGGAGGUGAGGCGUGAUGUCAUUCCGAGGGUGCUGGGGGAGGCCGAGGGGGAGAAGGGGAGGAGGGUGGGGGUUGAGGAGUGGGAAGUGUAUUCGACGGGGGUGAGGGAGGCGUUCGAGACGGAGUUUGCCGGACUGGUGAGUCGAUGGGGCCAGGAGGAAGUGAAGAUGGCGGUGGUGGUUGUCGUGGUCUUUAGUCCGCAGGGCUGUGAGGCCAUGUUGAGAUGUCUGGGUUUCCUGGAUGGGGAGGGAAAGGCGAGGGACGGCCUGCAGGACAGGUGGGGUCAAGAAGAAGGGGGCGUCUUGGUGGGCAAGACUACGAGGAGAUAUGUGGUGGCGACGAUUGGGCCGACGACGAGGGACCAUUUGAGAGACAAGUUUGGCUUUGAGCCUGACGUGUGCGCAAAGACGCCGAGCCCGGAGGGCGUGGGUGACGGGGUGGUAGAGUUCUUACGCCGCCAGGGAUUAUUAGAUCGGUGA